AUGACUCCGUCAUACAAUAGAAAUGCGGAGACAGCUGACGUGGAGCUCUCGCAAUGGCAGGUUCUACAGGAGAAAAUGAACACGUGCAGCACAGAGCCAGUCCUGCCGGAUGCUGAGGUGAACAAACUGCUGAAGACAAUCUUUACAGAUCAUGUCCUAGCCGACCACCCCGACUUUGUCAAGUACUUCAAGAACCAGCACCGCGGACGGCCCCGGGAGGACCACUUGCUAAGGAAAGCCGCAGUGGCAUCUGCGGCCGCAGCCCAACAAUAUCCCAACCCUUUCCAACACCAGCAGCAACCCCCCGGACCCACCCACAAGAACAGCAAUCCCUUACUCCAAACCUUGCGAUGGGUGCUGCACAUGUGGCACCUCAGCCUAGCACGCUACAGGGCCUGGAGGCCCCGUGUACAGCUGUACCUGCUGCUGUCCUGUCCGGAAUACUCCCCCCUGGCUAUGGCCAUCAGCUUAUUCAUGAUUGCAGCCAUUGUCCUCAACACAAUCACGUUUUGUUUGGAGUCGGUACCCUCCGUGGAACGAGAUACGGAAGUGUACGACAGGCUCAUCCUAAUCGAUUACGUGUGUCUGGGUUUGUUCACCGUGGAGUUUGUCGUACGCUUCCUGACGUGCAACAGCUUCACCCGGUUCGCCUUCAAGCUGAUGAACUGGGUGGACCUGGCGGCCAUUGCGCCCUUCCUCGUGGAGCUAGCGGUGGCGGGGCCGGAUAAUGAACAAAACGCCUCUCAGACACGGAUAUUCCGGUUGAUUCGUUUGAUCCGGAUUCUGCGGCUGCUGAGGGCUAGCUCCAGGUUCCGAAACCUUCAGUUGGUAGUUGACGCCCUAUCUGCCAGCCUGGAUGUGAUCGGCAUGUUGGUGGUGGUGUUGGGGGUGCUGCUGGUGGUGGCCGGUACGGUGGUGUAUUACGUGGAGGGUGCCUUGGUGAAGGACACGUGGUUCGACUCCAUACCGCUGACCAUGUACUACAUGCACGUCACCUUCACCACCACCGGCUACGGCGAAUACUACGCACAAUCCACCUGGGGGCGCCUGGUGGUGGGCGUGUUCAUGUUGCUGUGUAUGGUGACCGUGUCAUUACCCAUUGGUGUGGUGGGGGGGAACUUCUCCACACUCUGGACGCGCUACGUGGGGCUGCGGGAUGCCAUAGGGCGGAGCCUGGAGGCCUGGGGAACCCGGGCCAAAUUGAGGGGGCUGGCGGCUAAGCACUGUACGGCAGUGGACGAGCUUGUUACGACGGCUUUGAGGUUAAAGAACACGGCCCUCCUUGCGGCCCUACGGGAGUCCCUAUCCGACAUGGGGAGCAGGUUGGGUGAGGCGGGGGACCGGCUGGGGCACCUGCAGGCUCUCCUGUCACUGGUACCGCGGGUGUCCAGCUCGGAUGUGACUGCCUCCCUGGAGGGGUUGCAUGCCGUACACCAGGGCAUUGCACAGCGAGCCACGGAAGGUGUACAGCAGGCCAGCCGUACACGGCAGGUGCUCGCGGAUUUGCGUGCCAUGCGGGAGGUGCUGAAAGCGGAGGAAGAUGAGAUGUACGGCACCUAUGAGGGGUCGUACCGCGAAGAAGAAGAGGGCGGCGUGGAUGGCAUGAAGGGGAGGGCGAACCAAUAG